GCCGACGGCAAAUUAAAAAGAGAGUGAAUCUGACAUAAAGAUCGCGUUUGUGAGACUGCGGUACAGAAGUUAUUCAGCUGUGGGUUCUCUCUCUCGCUCUCUCUCUCUCUCUCUCCCUCUCUCUCUCCGGGGAACUCCUGCUGACUACUGUCGAGGAGAGGCAGACAUGCUGGUGCUGCGGGACGUGUCAGAGGAACAUCUGGGCCUUCGUUCCCGACAGAUGGCAGACCCCAAACCCUUUAAGGCGCUCUCCCACUCCAUCGACAGGAUCCUGAGCAUGGAAGAGUCAAGGGGAGGAAGGGGGUCGGCGUACCACGGGAUUACAGCAGACGUGGCAUUGAUGAAACCACCGACGGGUGUGUGUAAUCCUCAUCGCAGAGUGCGGACGACGUUCACUCCCAGCCAGGUGUCGGAGCUGGAGAAAGCGUUCAGGGAGAGCCACUACCCCAACGUCCGGCUCAGGGAGCAGCUCGUGUCCCGCACCCAGCUCCCCGAGGCCAGAAUCCAGAUUUGGUUUCAGAACCGCAGGGCGAAGUGGAGGCGGAGUGGAGUCGGACCUCGGAGGGAGAGCCGACGCCUACUGCGGAACUGGGAAACAGAGGAACCCAUUUACGGGCACCACCUCCCCAACUGGCUCCCUUUACCACGUCAGCUCCCGUUGCAGCAGAGAUGCUCCCUGGCUCCUGGCCCGGCCCUCUGCUCUGCCAUUGGUGCUCCCCUGCAGCACCUCCCGGCCGGGACCCUUCAGUUCACAGACCCGUACCCACAACUGUAUCUGUUGCCCCCAGCAACGCCUCAGCAAGUCUGUUUCUUCAGGAUGAGUCAGCCCAUUCAGGCACAUAUGCCAAGUUAACAGAGAGAAGUCAUUUCCUGCAGCGUGCAGGGGGAGACAAGUGAAAAGAGACAGAUCAAGGGCAGGUAUUAUAGGUCAGCAAGGGUGUUCUUUUUCUUAUUCUUUUUUUUUUUACAUUUUAUCUUGCUUUUUUGAGG